AUGGCGCAGAGGAAUGGGCUCUAUGCGUUAUUAGCGGCCGGUAUGCUUGACUUGCAGCCGGACGCCGAACACGGUCAGCUAUACACCAUUCACGGCGUAUUCAACAACACCCUAUAUGUUGCACUGCUGUUCGCCGUUACGACGGAAAAGCACGUCAAGACCUAUGAAGUGAUAUUCAGGCAGCUGAUAAAGGAGUUGCAGAGGUGCGCUGGACAGUUUACGCAUAGUGCUGGAUUUUGA